AGCUAUUAUUUUUCGCAUCACUUUUCUUUGCCACUGUGGGAUCUCCGUUGAAUAAAAAGUCAAAAUUACAAUAUAUGAAAAAUAAGAUUAUUUAUUUAAGCAGCAAUCAUGAAUCGAAUGAAAUUGAAGGUGUAGAAGAAGAUGUAAUUAAUAAUUCUAAAAACAGUGAUUUUGACGACAAUUCAAAUAUCAUACCUAUUCAUAAUCACGGGCUAUUAAACCAGAACUCAAAAAAGGACACAAAAUCCAAGAAAAAUGAAAAAACAACAGUUAGCUUAAAAGAAUCAGUAGAAUCCGUUACAAAAGAGAAUAACCAAAUACAACAUUUAAUGGCCGGAUCGAACAAAUUAAUAAAAAUCAAAAGAAGUAUAUCGGUAGAAAAUGUAAACGAAGUAGAUAUACAGCGAUUAAUAAAAGAAUCUAUAUUAAAAAGAUGGAAAGAACUCGAAAUAACUGUUAAGCUUCUGUUGAUUGAUAAUUAUAGAUUUACACGAACGACACUAUUACAAGAAUUAGUGAGCAAUAAUAAGUACAAAUCUCAAAACAUUUCCAGGUUAGAAAAAAAACUAUUACAGCUAUACUAUUUUUUAAGGAGAGAUAUUUUACAAACAGUUAAACUAAGGAAGAUACAGUUUAGAGGAGAAGUUUCAAAACGAAAAUUAAAGAAACAGCAAGCUUAUGAAGUUGAACAGUUAUAUAUUACAAAACUGAAAGAGCAAAUAAAUACUAAAAUUAUUAUAUUCAAACAAAAUGUAGUUUUGAUUAUAGAACAAUUUCAUCUAGAACUAAAACCUGUAACAGAUUAUACUACAACUGAGGCAACUACAACCAGAGAGCCGACUACUGAAAUACCUUUCGAUCCUGUGUACGAAGGUACAACAGUACCCCAUACGACGUUAGCACCAUCAACCACAAAUAUAUCUGCAAUUGGCCACGUGACUAUAGAACACAUUCCUUUAAGUACAAGUACAUUAACAGAAAUUGAUAAUACUGAGGAAGAAGAAGCUGUAUCACUUACGUCAGCCCAUCGACAUCCUACUGAACUAGUUAACGCAUAUGAUCAUCGUUUAACUGAAACCUAUCGAACUCAGCAGUUUAUCGAAACUACACGUACAGUUCUCUCAGCUAGUGACCAUCCUGAUAUAACGGAUUCUCAAGGACAUCAUAAGAAGGAAGUUAUUACACAAGAUUACCGUACAAACUCUUAGGCACAGUGUAAAAAUACUAAUGGAAAAAUUAAGGAAGAAUUUACAAGAAACGACCGCUUUUAGCUACUAAAACCCAUAUAAAAACUUGUCUGUUUUGUUAAUUUCUUCAACAAUAAAUUCAUAAGUUCCCAAGGAAAAAACACUACGUAACUCAAAGAAAUUUCUAAUUCAAAUUGUAAUCAAGCUUGUCCAACAAUUUCACCUUAAUGUUUGUCACUAUUGCACCGGAUGGCACUGUAUUAAAAACCAUUUUCACAGAUGACAAUAAAUCUUUAGAUUUUAGAUUAUUCAUGUGUAACAUUAAAUACGAAACAACAUUGUUGAAAAAAAUGUAUGCAUGCCAUUAACUAUUUUAAAAUUUUGUAAUCCGGCUGGACGAUAACUUGGAACAUUCCUAAAGAAAGAUCAUGCAAAGAAAGCGGAUAAAGCAAGAAAAGAGGGGCCAGCAGCUGCGGACCUUUGUCAUCAGAAAGAAAUGUUAUGAAAGAAAGAUUUCCUCCACGGCGAUUUCCGGAGGUGCAGCGGGCCUUGGGCUUGGGCCAACUCGGAAGAGUCAGUCAGGUUAGGGAUGUGAGAGGAGAAGGUCGAGAGUAAAAAUUCAUUUUUAACGUUAGAUAUAAGAGUUUUCUUAUAACAUAUAUAGCAUUUAAGAUUAUAUUUAUAUUAUAAUUUAAAUGUCCCAUUUCAAUAGUAAACACAUUCAGGAUAUAAUUGUUAUAUAUCUUAUUAUAUCUUAUAGUUCAUCAUCUUGUAUCUUGAUUGGUCGCCGAUGGCCAACUAGCCUCUGCGUCUAGAAAUAAACAAAAUAAAAACAUGGGUAAAUUAUAAAAAAUUAUGCUUUUAGUAUAUGAAAGUAAUAUUAUUUUAUGCUUAUGUUUCUAUACAAACUAGUUUUUA